AUGUUGGACUUGGAUGAUAGCCACCGCUUCAGUACUAUUGAUGAGGACUCAAUUUUGGAUUUCUCACACGCCAGCCAUGACGAUUUCCAAUCACCAGUACCAUCCCCGUCCUUAUCAGGGGUCGGUGGAGUUCAUAGAUUUUCAGCUCUCCCUUCUAAAAACUUGAUAAAUAUAAAUCAAAAGAGAGUCCCAAAGCUCUCUAAGCCUAUCAAUAUAAAGAAAAUUACUGUUGCAAUUACCGCUCCUACUACUAUUCAUGCAACUACUGCCGCAGCUUCCACUAGCCCAGACGUGGUAGCAGCCAAAGUCGUAUCAAAAAAUAACCAAAACAAAACUCACAAAUCUAAUAGGAAACAUAGAAAUAGACAUAGCUACCCAAAUCCUAAAUUAGUUUCUAUCGCCGAAAUCGACGAAGGAAUCACGCGAUUAGGAUACGCACAAUUUGAAGAAGAUGAUGAAGAAGAGGAAGAUGACGACGAGAUGAAUUCAGAGUGCGAAGAUCGUUCUUGUUUAUCAUCAAAGCUAUUUGAUUAUAAGAAGAUUAAGUCAAAAACUACCAACACGAAAUUAAAAUCAAUUUCCACAAAAUCUCAACUCUUUGGUGGGGCCCAAGGUGAAAUGCUCAACCUAUCUUCAAUAAAGAAAUGUCAACCAGUGGCUUGUGCAAUUGAUGAUGAUUUUCAAUUUACUUUCAACUCUAAUUUUACCGUGGAUAUCAAUUCAAAUAUAUAUAAUCCAGUUGAUUACAACAGCAAUAACAAUAACUCAUUUCAACCUGAUUUAGCCUUCAUGUCAGGAAAUUUUAACAUGAUGAACAACACUAUGAAUAAUGUCUCAGUAUUGAAUGGCGGCGCUCUUUCAAACUCCGUUGGCACCAACAAUUUUGCUGGUUCAACUACUAUUGACUUCAACAAUUAUAAAGACGACUUGUCCUCCCAGCAAUAUCUCUCCCACGAUAUCAAUAAUAAUGCUGAUUAUGCUAAUGGCGAUGGUAUUCACAAUAAUGCUUGUUUCAGUAACGUUUAUAAUGACCCAUAUUAUUUGAAUAAACAACAACAAACAUCAAAACCAGAACAAUCACUCCCAUGCACAAUGCCCCAAUUCGAUAUGAACAAUAAUAUGAAUGUGAAUAUGAGUCUCGGGUUGGUAUCAAUCCCUUCUCAUUCGCAAUUCAUGAAUUCGGAUCAACACCAGCAACCCCAAAUGCAACAUUUCAAGAACAAUAGCAUCAACAAGUCUAUGCCAAUAGACUGCCCUGGUUAUGAAGAAUAUGAUGAUGAAUUAGAACUUGAGGAUGAUGAAGAUUACCUAUCCUUUACUCCUAACAACUCACUUCCUUCUUCUCGCACGAAAUCGAUCGAAUCUUUCGAUAGAUCUUCGCGAAUGGCGCAAACAUCAUUAAUAAACACCGGCAUAAACUCAACAUCCUCAAGUGAACACAGCACGCCAGUUUGCGACUCCAAUAUCACCUCUUCUACUACAUCAAUUAUUAUCCCAAGCAAUGAGAGUAACGCCUGUGUUCAAAUCAAGGAAGAAGAAACUUCCAGAAUGGUGCCUUUGAGCGAUGACUUAACCUGUGACUAUCAUCAUGUCAGUUCUAGUGAGUCAAUGUCUUUACCAAAUGCCACUACUAUUACCUCGAUGAACAAUCCAGAAACCUCUGAUAUUGAAAGACCUGGUCUCAAAAGAAAGAGACUGAUGCCUGAAGAAAUAUGGGAAACACAAACUAAUGGGUUAAGACGCAAUUCGAUGUCCAAGAGAUCCAAAAUCAUACUUAUGGGACCUUCUUUAUCCACAUCUGUUAAUUCAAAAAUGCCAACCGUGAUUCAAAGGUCAAUGGAUGGAGCCACCGGAGAGGAUUUCCAAUAUGAUACUUUAGAAUAUACUGCUAAUCAGGCAAGUUAUGAACAGGCAUAUGGCGAUGAAGGUGUGACGGUGGGCCUCAAGAAUGAUAGUUUUGUUGAACAUGCUAAACCUUCCUUUGUUGCCAAUAAUCUGAAAACAGUGCAAUUGAAGAAAAAAUCGUCGAUUCCUCCUGCUUUUGAAUUCCAAGAACAAGUUCUUGAUUUAUCAAUUUCUCCUGCUCUCGUUUCUCCUGUGACUGCCACGUCAAUGGGCAAAAAUGGUACUUCUUUUGAAGGGGUCAUUGUUGAUGGUAUGAGAUCUAUGUCGCUGACUUUAAACGCAAAUUCUGCUCAACUGAUUGUGUGUUCCAACAGUAGCAAUUCCAACCGGUCCACGGCUGCCGGCAAAAUUUUUGAUCUCAAGGCAACCGGUCGUCUCAACCGCAACUUCAAGACCAUUCACUAUCAGAACGGAGCCAUCAUGACCAAAACCAAACUCAUAACUCCACCAAAGAAACCAGUCGUGGUUACUUUGUAUGAAUGUGCUGAUUGUGGGGCCAAAUUUAGAGUCAAGGGUUAUCUUUCUCGUCACGCAAAAAGACAUUCUAAAUUGAAGGCUUUUAGUUGCCCUUUUUUCAAGGAUAAUGCCGAAACAGAGAAGCAAGACGCCGACAUCAAAGAGGAAGACGAGGAAGAAAAGGACAAAAGUAGUGGCACCGAUUCCGAUAGCACCGAUGCCUCUAGUGGAAAAGAUAUCUCAAACCAUGGACACUUGCAUUCCUUGCCUAUUGGCUCCAAAUGCCAUCCGUCAGGGGGCUUCUCUCGACGUGACACUUACAAGACCCACCUUAAAGCCAUUCAUUUUAUUUAUCCUGCUGGCACAAAAUCCACAGCUCGUAAUGAUGUGGCAGGCAGAUGCGGAGGAUGUUCUGACUGGUUCGUGAACAAUAAUGUCUGGUUAGAAGAUCACAUUGAAGGUGGAAAAUGUGUUGCGUUGCAAGGAAGAGGAAUGAGAGAUAUCAGACGGGGAAAGAAUACCAAUGGUAGUUCCAAAGUAGAAUGA